AUGUUGUUCUUGUCAAUUCAGCAUGGAGACACGAUAACUAUAGCCGAUGACAAUGACGUCAUCAAAGAUCGAAUUAAUAAAGCCUAUACAACGUGCUGUGGUCUCUCCCUUCCAUAUAAUCCACUAUUAUCCGAUCGUGAUCUCGGUGUGGAAGUUCGAAAACAUCUUGAGGGUAUGCGGGAUCCAAAACAGGAACUAUGGAAACCAUUCUACACGCUGAUGUAUGCCACAACUGCAUGGAGUUAA